UAGGCAGCAUGUCGUACAAAAACAAUACCAUUCAUUUCAUUCGGACAAAAAUGUGCAGCAAAUUGAUGAAAUCAAGAAUGGGAUUACAGCAUAUAUAAUAAACUUGUACCCUCGGAACAAGAAUCAAAAGAAGCCCAGGGAAAGGGAAACAAAGUAUGGAUAACCACUGCCUUUCCCUUGCUCUUAUCCUGGCUGUUGCUCAAGCAGCCAUUGUGUGUGCCAGUGGAAAUAUGAAAAGUCCCAAUCUUUGCAGCCAAUGUAAAGCAUGUGAUACAGAUACAUGUCCUCCCAGUGAUGCAUAUCCCCACAUGACGGCAUUUGAUGACUCUCUUAUUGCCGGUGCUUUGCAGUCUGACUACGUGAGUUCAAACGAUAGAGGCGUUUACUCAGUUCCGAAUGCUAAAGGAGGCGAGUCAACCAAAAACAACUCCUAUUUUGGCUGGGAGUCCACCUCGGGAUCAGCUUCUGGCUAUCAUAGAUUCAGGAACUACAUGGACAAAUGCUCGGACGAGACCUAUAUUACAGUUGACAAGCAUGGUACAGUGAAACUUCGUGCAUUGAAAAAGCUGAGUGAUUUGGCAGAUGCAGACUGGAAAUCAAUUAAUCCGCCUAAGAAGAUGAACCAUCGUGGAUUCAGAUUUUGGGUUUCUCACAGUACAGGUAAAUGUCUUACAGUUUUUGGGGGAAAGACAGAGAAGCGAACUGUCGGUGUUUCUGAUUGUGAGUUUGAUGGCUCCAACCCAUUCCAGCUGUUUGCCUUCCGCUUCCAUUACCACAAAGCCUUCUGCUGCUGUGGAAAGUACAAUGACUAAUUAAUUUACUGAUAAACACUCAGUAUUGUACUGGCUUUUGCAAUUCAACUACAGAUCACAUGAAAAUCAUAGGUGACCAUCUGCAAUGAUUAAGUUGCAUACAAAUAAUAAUGGAAGCUUUGCCACUGACA